ACCUAAGGCUGGCCAUACACGGACAGCUUGAGCAGUUUGCCAGUGACCAACAUACACGAACUGCUCGAGCAGUCAAAUUCAACUGCUUCAAGCUGCCAUUGAUAACUGCUUGCAGCAGUUGUUAUCAACUGCUCGACAAGUCCAUUCAAAUCAGUAGCGACAUGGAUUUUGAGGAGGAAGCACUUCUGCUGCUUUUGCUCAUACGACGACGACGCCGGCGUAAAAAUAGAAAAUUGUGGGUUCAUACAAUAUUAGAAACACGAAAUUAUAAUGGAGAAUUUAAUCACUUGUUUUUGGAACUAAGACGUGACGAAGAAAAGUUUUUUAAUUAUUUUAGGAUGUCAAUCACAUCUUUUGACGAAUUGUGUAAUAUACUCAAGGAAAAAAUUAAACGUGAAGAUACUAUUAUGAGGAAAAGUAUUCCACCAGAAGAAAGGCUAGCUGUAACACUGAGGUACUUAGCCACUGGACAAACAUUUAUGGAUUUGCAAUACAGUUUUAGAAUUGCAGCUACUACAAUUGGCGGUAUAGUGAAAGAUGUAUGUAAAAAUAUAUGGAUGUAUAUGAAAGAUAUGUGCAUAGCACCAUUAACUGAAGAUAGAUGGAAAGAAAUAAUAAAUGGGUUUAUGAAAACUGCACAGUUUCCGAACUGCCUUGGUGCAGUGGACGGCAAACAUAUAAGAAUAAUAAAACCCGUACAAAGUGGAUCGGCAUAUUAUAAUUACAAAAAUUAUUUUUCGAUAAUACUAAUGGCCGUGUGUGACAGUAAUUACAUGUAUACUUUCGUCGAUGUAGGUUCAUAUGGAAGGCAUGCAGAUUCGACUAUUUUCGAAGAAAGUACUUUUUACAAAAGGUUACUGGAAAAGAAAUUGAAUAUACCUGCACCUUCUUCAAUAUCGCGAAAUGGACCUGUUUUACCGAAUGUAUUUGUAGGAGAUGAGGCGUUUAGCUUACAAGAAAAUUUGUUGCGUCCUUACGGAGGAAAAAAUUUGCCAGAGCAAAAGAGAGUCUUCAACUAUCGAUUAUCACGUGCUAGACGGUUUAUUGAAUGCACAUUUGGUAUAUUUGCUAACAAAUGGCGCAUAUUCCAUCGACCACUUAACGUAGAUGUCGAAUUUGCAGUAGAUAUAAUAAAAGCAGCAUGCGUUUUGCAUAACUAUGUAAAGCAACGAGACGGACAUAAAUUCGAAGACACAUUUGAGGGUCUUCCAAACUCUAUAAUAGAAACAACUCAGAAUAUUCGUCGAGGUGGACCUAUGUUAACAACAGUCAGAGAAGAAUUUGCAAAUUACUUUGUGAGUGAAGAAGGAAAACUAGAUUGGCAAUGGAAUAUGAUAUAAACUAGCUGUAUAUCUACUACCUUACCAAUAAACAGUGUGUAACUUUACACAAUGCUAUAAAAUGUUUUGUCUCUGUCACUCUCAUUUAAUGUCAAACAGGGACAAAACAUUUUAUAGCAUUGUGUAAAGUUACACACUGUUUAUUAGUAAGGCAGUCAUUGUGUGUUAAUAUCUAUUUUCUAUCAUUUGUAUUCGAAAAUAAAAAAUAAAUUACUCACCGAUUU